CUCCACCAUCCGCUCAGAGAAGAGACGUGUUAACCGGGCUGACUGAGGCGCAAACAAACUGACCGUCACUUCUGAGAACAGCCGCUGUACAGCAUGGAGCGGAAAGUGGCGAGGGAAUUUCGACAUAAGGUGGAGUUGUUGAUUGAGAAUGAAGCAGAAAAGGACUAUCUCUACGAUGUUCUGCGCAUGUACCAUCAGUCAAUGGACCUGCCUGUCCUGGUUGGGGACCUGAAGCUGGUAAUCAAUGAGCCCAAACGCCUUCCACUGUUCGAGGCAAUCAGACCCCUGAUUCCCCUCAAACACCAAGUGCAGUAUGAUCAGCUCACACCCAAGAGAUCCAGGAAGUUGAAGGAAGUGCGUUUGGACCGGAUACACCCUGAGGGUCUAGGUUUGAGUGUGCGCGGGGGUCUUGAGUUCGGUUGUGGGCUCUUUAUCUCACAGAUAGUCAAGGAUGGACAGGCAGGAAAUGUCGGCCUGCAGGUUGGCGAUGAGAUCGUGCGUAUUAACGGCUACUCCAUCUCCUCCUGUAUUCACGAGGAGGUCAUCCACCUCAUCAAGACCAAGAAGAUUGUGUCUCUGAAAGUCCGCCAUGUAGGAAUGAUUCCAGUCAAGAGCUCAACUGAUGACCCUGUGAAGUGGCAGUUUGUGGAUCAGUUUGUGUCUGAGUCAGGGGAGAGGAAAAACAGUGUGGCUGGUUUGACUUCAAUAGGAGGGAAAGAGAUCAAGGAAAAGAAAGUAUUCCUCAGUUUAGUGGGCACCAAAGGCAUGGGAAUCAGCAUAUCAAGUGGACCAACUCAGAAACCAGGCAUCUAUGUGAGUAACGUGAAGCCAGGUUCACUUUCAGCAGAAGUGGGCUUACAGGUUGGAGACCAGAUUGUGGAAGUCAAUGGUGUGGAAUUCACCAAUUUAAGCCAUCAAGAUGCAGUGCGAGUGUUAAAGACCAGCAGGAGUCUGACCAUUACUGUUCUCACUGGAGCUGGAAGAGAAUUUUUUAUGACUGAUGAGGAACGGCUUGCAGUUGAAGCUCGACAUGAGCUGGAUAGACAGGAGUUAAUGCAUCAGAAGAGAGUUGCUUUAGAGACCAACAAAAUCAUCAAAGAGCAACAGGAGAAAGAGCACAUGAGGAAGAUGGAGAUAUCACAGAAGACUGCAGAAGAAGAAGAACGACAUCAUAAAGAAAUGGAAAGAAUUGAAGCAGCAGAGAGGAAGCACCACAAAGAGUGGGAAGAAGAUUGGGGAUCCAAGGAAAAAUCCAAAACCCCUUCCCCAUCCCCCUCUCCAUCCCCCUCCCCUACACCACCGGCACGUCUCACACCUUCACCUAAACCCAAAACCUCCACCGAUGAGGACGGUGAGAACUCGGAUGAAGAAGAGGGAUUUCAGAAAUACAUAGAUGAUUUUGAUCCAUAUUCCAUGUUCACGGCUGAUCAGAUAGCUGGUAGAGACCUGCGACUUUUAAGAAUUAAGAAGGAUGGAAAGCUUGAUCUGGCUAUAGAGGGAGGGAUAGACUCCCCACUGGGAAAGAUUGUGGUGUCGUCUAUCUAUGAGGGAGGCGCAGCAGAUAAACAUGGUGGGAUUGUGGCAGGUGAUGAGAUCAUGGCUGUGAAUGGAAAGAUCCUGACAGAUGUGACUCUGGCUGAAGGACAGACUUCUCUGACUCAGGCUUGGUACAGUGGAGGGGAUUGGAUCGACCUGGUUAUCGCAGUGUCUCCACCGAAGGAAUAUGAAGAUGAAGUUCCUAAAGCAGCACCAGUCAGACCCACUGCAAAGAAAAAGGUUUUCCAGGGCAGUGCCUCUGUGUACAGACAGGGCUACGUCCUUCAGAUGACCUCCCCAUCCCCCUCCUUGAUCAGCCACUACCCCAGCCGAAACCCCCCAAACCUCCGGUGCACUUCUGCAGUGAACGUUUUAUCAUGUACAUGUGACACUCUCUUUGUUAAUCCCACCCAUCUCUGUGGAAAUCCACUUUUGCUAUCCAAAUGAUUGGGAUGUGCUGAUAUAAUAAAAAUAAAUGAUGGUGUUCAAUGGUUGAUGUUCGAGAAUAAAAAUUGUCUUGAUCCAUUGUUGAGAGAUGUAUCACAAAGCACACACAGUAGUUCUGAUUGAUGUUGUUUAAAGGGACUGUUACAUGUCAUGACUUGUGUUGAUCAUUGCUUCUUUGAUCUGUUCUUUACUACAGCAUGUUUCUAUAAAGCUAGCCUAAUUUUGUCUGAAUUAAUGAAAGGUUCUGCCAUUGGCUCCCCAGCCACAAAAUCUGAGACUAAAACAAAGCAUAUAUGGAGGGAUUUAGCAUUUGAGCAGCAUUGUUGCUUGAGGACACUAUAUGCUGCACUACCAGUAAUGGCCUGCUGGUUGCAGCAGUUAGUAAUGGUGCAUCUGUGUCAGCAUGUGAGGUUUCCACAUUCUGAGAACCAGUGCAGUGACAUAUUCUACUUUCAUGUUUAUAUAUAGGUUUCAUAUAAACAGUAGCAACAUGCAUGUGUAUGUGUUACUUUACUAUUAAAUUCCUUUUCCUUCUUAUGUGUGCACCUGUUUUCAGCAAUUAUAAGUGAAAUACUGUAUAUGACUGCUUGUAAUCAGACUGGUCUCUCU